GCGUGGUUUACCCAACGGCUUGCAGUGAGUAUGGCUGCGGAUACCACGCCGAGUCGGCAUGAGAAAAGUCUAGGUUUAUUAACCACCAGAUUCGUCUCACUUCUUCAGGAGGCAAAAGAUGGCGUGCUCGAUCUGAAAGUGGCAGCAGAUACACUAGCUGUAAGACAAAAAAGAAGAAUCUACGAUAUCACGAAUGUUUUGGAAGGAAUUGGACUGAUUGAGAAGAAAUCAAAAAACAGUAUACAAUGGAAAGGAGCAGGGCCAGGCUGCAACACCCAAGAAAUCUCCAACCGUCUAGUGGUGCUCAAACACGAGAUGGAGGACUUGGACCGGAGGGAAAAAGAACUCGAUCAACACAAGAUGUGGGUCCAACAAAGUAUCAGGAAUGUCACUGAUGACCAGACCAAUCACAAAUUGGCCUACGUCACCCACGAAGAUAUCUGCAAAUGUUUCAAAGGUGAUACUUUACUAGCCAUCCAGGCCCCCUCAGGAACACAGCUAGAAGUACCAAUACCAGAGGGGGUUCACAUAGGAGGUUUCACAGAACCUGUCAGGCCAGAUUUAACUUCACUAUUAAACCAAAAGAAGAAAUACCAGAUUCAUCUCAAAAGCCAUUCGGGUCCAAUAUCGGUGCUGUUAGUCAAUAAAGACUCGGAGUCCACGAGUCCAGUUGUAGUCCAGGUACCUCCGCCUAAAGAGGGCGCUCCUCAGCAGCCCAGCCAAAACGAGAACCCCGCCCCGGGGUCACCUAUGCAGAUCAAGAAAGGGGCACAGACAAAGAACCAGAGCCCAUUAACAAAAUCUCCGGGCAAGUCUCCGUUGCGGCAGUCUCAGCCGCUGGCAGCACCCAUGGAUACCACAUCGCCUGCCACUCUACCCGUGACCACGCGCAUGGCUACACGAUCGUCUCCGCGUAAAGCAGCAGCAUCGCAACAAAAUGUGGUAGGGUCACAAGGGCAAGCUGAAAACGUAACAGAACAGGCGGAUUCUUCAUCACACAUGCCAGCAGACAUGAUAUUUGAUCCAUCAAAAGACAUAGACAUCGAUGAACUCAUCUCUUCUGAAAUGUUUGCUCCACUACUCCGCCUGAGCCCGCCCCCUAGUGACAGGGACUAUUAUUUCAAUCUGGACGACAGCGAGGGCGUCAUGGAUUUAUUUGACGUCCCUCUAGUCUAAAUCAGAACUGAUCUCUCAAACAAAUAUGUGUUCAUUUUUGGUGGACGAAACGAGGAGAGAAGAUUGUACAUAGUUUCAAUAUAUUUCAUUCAAUUUGUGAAAAGGAUGAUAAUGAUUUGUUAGAUUUAAGAGGCGAUACUCAGUUUUGCUGAAAACACACUGCUUGUAUGACUUUGAAGUGGAUUGUUGUCACUCUGAAUAUUUCAUUUUGCUGAUGACAACAGAGAAAAAAUCUAGACUUAAAAAAAGCAAAGAAAAGAUGAGAAAUACAGCAUGUACAGAAAUUGCUACUCUAUCCAAUAUGUUGCAAACACCAUCGCAGUCACAAUUUUAGAACGAUUUCAAAAGUUGGGGAAGUUUGAAGAUGAGGAAUCUUGAACAUAUUUGAAGAAACCAUCACAUUUUCUCAGCAACAAAGUCACCUUUGCAGUACCUUUGAUGGAAUAGGGCCAAGUUUCAUCAACACUGGAUGGUACACAGAUCUGGCUUGUUUCACAUGUGCACGUCACACAUGAAUUCAAAAACCACCAUGCCUGUCUCUUGAUCUUGACAUCCACGUAUAACUCUAAUCAACCACUUAUCAGCAAGGGACGUUGACUUGUACUCCAUAUUUGUUUCUAACACAUACACCUGAUCUGAGCCCACUUUGCUUGAAGAAAGGUAAAUGGGACUGUUUGACAGGCAGAGAACAGUGCACUGUUUUAUUUAAUUCUAAGUUUAUGACAAUAUGUUUUGCUGCAACUCUGUAAACUAUACAGUGUUGUAUGCAACUGUCAAUAAAUAAUUGUGUUACUUCGUGCAUUGUCAGCAAGUGAUGCUGCACUUUACUAAUGAAAAUUUGAAUUGUUGCUUGUUGAAGGAUUCAGCUAUCCAGGGAUGAGAUUUUUUUUUCAAGAUUGUUUUCUUCAUAUCUGGCAUUUAUGAGUCAGCAAUUUCAUUUUUGAAAUCAAUUUGACACCAAGAGACAUUUAAGAUAAUUUGUGAGUUUGGAAAUCUACAACUUUAAUUUUUUGGGUGUCUCUCAAAAAGCAUCUGUUACAAAAUUAUGGUUUUUGGCAAAUUGGGUGCCGAACAUUAAUACAAAUUGUAUUUUGUUGUUUAUAUAUAUCACUUCUUUGUCAUUGGUUACAAUCUUCCACGUGUUAUUUGCUGCACUGUUUCAAUUUUUUUUUUGUUUAU